AGACUGGGAUGAGGAAGAAACUGAUCUGUCAUCUAUACGUAUUCUUGGGAAAAGCAACUACUCCACAGAAAAAUCAAGGCAGGGGGAGGACACACUGAGCAGGUAUGGAAAUGUUCUGGAUUUCAGUCAACCCAAUGGAAAAGAAGAUACACCUUUAAACCUAAACAAGACUGCAGCCUAUCAAGAGCCAUCACGAACCGCCUCUGCCAAACAACAUUAUCUGAGGCAGUCUAGAUAUUUGCCUGGCGUUAGUACAAAGAAGAACGGUGCCAUGAAUGCAAGUAAAGACUUCACUGAAAGCCUUCUUUGGGGCAGCAGUAGUAUUCCAUAUGGAGGGACUCUGCCAAGUAGAGGCGCUCAUGGUACAAAUACAAUCCCAGGUGGGUACAUGCCAUCAUUUUACAAGAAAGAUAAUGGCUCUGCUGGUCACAGAGGACGUCAGAGUGUUUCAGUAGAAACGACAGCAUCAAAUUAUGCAACAUGGCGGUCUGGUCGGAGUCAGAUCAACACCUGUGCCAACAUGCCGGUGUCCAACAAGAGCACUCCUGUUCUGCUGCCUCGCCCGCCACUACAAACCGUUCACGGGAGAACAGACUGGUCUGCCAAAUACGGACACCGUUAGGGCUUCUCUGGAGCUCUGAUUUGUUGCCUAAGAACUCUUUCUCCUCCAAAGAGCAGGCCUACAGUAGUUGUUUUUUAACCUAAAUAUGUACAUGAAUCUUACAUAGCAAUAAGUUUUGUUUCAACAUGUAUUCUAUGAAUGCUGUGAGUUAUGUAUUUAAAUGUAUGGGUAAAUGCAGCCACAAUUUGCUCCUAAGUGUUUGACUGUAUCUUUCUGUAAUAUAACUGAUUUUGUGGAGAGGUUACACCCUCAAUUUUGUAUUAUUGAGUGUUCAUCUAAACAACAAUAUGCAUAUUAUAAUUUUUUUUAAACCUUCACAGUGAAU